UUUCCGAACCUAGGAUUUAAGCUGAGACUACCAACCCACAAUCCACUUCGCAAAUAAAGUUUGGCUCUGGUCCCCCGAGUCUCGGCAGCAGUCCAAUCCAAGGCGCUCACUCUAGUGAUUGACACGUAGCCUUCUCCAGUAAACACAACAGAAAAGUCAAUACAUGCCCGCCCACCGCGACGGACCACGGUAUCACCCAAUGGGAAACUGGAAGACUCGAAUGGCAGUUCUUAUGACCAAUAAGAGAGCAAACACUGAGAGAAGGCUCAACCCCCGGGGGAUUGAGGGAGGGGGAAGACGAAGCUUGAAAGAUUUGGUAAUGGCGACGGGUCUGUCAGGGCACCAUAACAUGGUGUGGGAAGUGAAGACAAAUCAGAUGCCUAAUGCAGUACAGAAACUCCUGCUGGUAAUGGACAAGAGAGCUUCAGGAAUGAAUGACUCAUUGGAGUUGCUGCAGUGUAAUGAGAAUUUGCCAUCCUCACCUGGAUAUAACUCCUGUGAUGAGCACAUGGAACUUGAUGACCUUCCUGAACUUCAGGCUGUUCAGAGUGAUCCUACCCAAUCUGCCAUAUACCAGCUAAGUUCAGAUGUUUCACAUCAAGAAUAUCCAAGACCAUCUUGGACCCAGAAUACCUCAGACAUAUCGGAAAAUACUUAUGGUGAAAAUGAGGUGGACUGGCUGACAGAGUUAGCAAAUAUUGCCACCAGUCCACAAAGUCCACUCAUGCAGUGCUCAUUUUACAACAGAUCAUCUCCUGUACACAUCAUAGCUACUAGCAAAAGUUUACAUUCCUAUGCACGCCCUCCACCAGUGUCAUCCUCUUCGAAGAGUGAGACAACCUUCCCUCAUCACCACUGGAAGGAGGAAACACCAGUAAGACAUGAAAGGGCAAAUAGUGAGUCAGAAUCUGGCAUUUUCUGCAUGUCCUCCUUGUCAGAUGAUGAUGAUUUGGGAUGGUGCAAUUCCUGGCCUUCAACCAUUUGGCACUGUUUUUUAAAAGGAACUCGACUGUGUUUUCAUAAGGGAAACAAUAAAGAAUGGCAAGAUGUUGAAGAUUUUGCCAGAGCUGAAGGCUGUGAUAAUGAGGAAGAUCUCCAAAUGGGCACUCACAAGGGCUAUGGUUCUGAUGGUCUAAAGUUGUUGUCACAUGAAGAAAGUAUAUCGUUUGGUGAGUCUGUACUGAAGUUGACUUUUGAUCCUGGUACAGUAGAAGAUGGCUUACUUACCGUAGAGUGUAAGCUGGAACAUCCUUUCUAUGUUAAAAAUAAAGGGUGGUCAUCAUUUUACCCAAGCUUGACUGUGGUGCAGCAUGGUAUCCCAUGUUGUGAAAUUCACGUGGGUGACAUAUGUCUACCUCCUGGACACCCUGAUGCCAUUAAUUUUGACGAUUCAGGUGUUUUUGAUACAUUUAAAAGCUAUGACUUCACACCUAUGGAUUCUUCUGCAGUUUAUGUGUUAAGCAGUAUGGCUCGUCAACGUCGUGCAUCUUUGUCUUGUGGAGGACCUGGUGGUCAAGACUUUGCAGGAUCUGGAUUCAGUAAAAACUGUGGCUCACCUGGAUCAUCACAGCUCUCUUCUAGUUCUUUGUAUGCUAAGGCUGUCAAAAACCACAGCUCAGGGACUGUGAGUGCCACUUCUCCUAAUAAGUGCAAAAGACCAAUGAAUGCCUUCAUGCUUUUUGCCAAAAAAUACAGAGUUGAAUAUACUCAGAUGUAUCCAGGGAAAGAUAACAGAGCCAUAAGUGUGAUCCUUGGUGACAGGUGGAAGAAAAUGAAGAAUGAAGAGAGAAGGAUGUACACAUUAGAAGCAAAGGCUUUGGCUGAAGAACAAAAACGUUUAAAUCCUGACUGUUGGAAAAGGAAAAGAACCAAUUCAGGGUCACAACAACACUGAACCAGAACGCUUAUGUUCUUAAGUCUAUAUUUGCAUAAACAUGGGCUCCUGAUGGAAAGGCUUAAGAAGAUCACAGUCUCGCCAUCUGUCCUGAAUUUGUGUGACCAUAAGAUACUGAUAGCAUUGUGUCUUGAAAUGAUUUAAUAAUAUGAGUGAAGAUUUGCUUUCUCCAUUAGAGCAUUAAGUAAGCUAAAACUAUCAACGUUGUAAACCAAAUUGCCUUAUUUUCCUUCCAAACUUCGUAUAUGUCUAUCAGGUAAUAUAGGCUUGAAAAUUGAUAUCCUGUGGUGCUAAAGUACAGUAGGAAGAGAGGAGACAUGUAUACAUGUUUUAUUUUAAGUUGUACGAAGGGGAAUUUAAAAAUACGUAACUGCUGUUUAUGCAUUGGCUCCUUACUGCUUAUUAAUCUGUAUUAUAUACAUGAUGGAAUGAAGCAGAAGCUGGAAGUUGGCCUUCCAUGAGCAACUACCACGUGACCCAGCAUCUGUGCCAACACAGGCGUGCCUAGUCCGGCCAGUGCCAAGAGACUACGUAACAUGUGGCAGGUGGCAGGUGUCAUUGUCCCAGUGAAAAGAGCCAUCUGCUGCAGUUACCACAGGUAUGUUGAGUGUAUGCAGCAGGUGGCAGCAUUCAUCUAUGAUUUCCAGUGGAGACAUAGCGUGGCCAAGGGAAAGUUAGUUAAUAGCAUUGGGAUAGUCACUGUAAUGGUGCUAUUAACAGUCAACACCAUUAUAUUUUUAAACCUUGUGUUCUAUUAUCUCCUCAGCCACAUAUCUUAAGUAUAUUUCAUCAGCAUAUCUUUAUGGUGGGGGCAGACUUUGCACUUACUGCAGUGCAACACUUGCACUUUACUUUUUCUCCAACUGUCUAAAAUUAGAGCAAAUACAUUGGCAAUACAGCUGCUUUUGCUCUGAGCUACAAUCAUGGCUUUUCAUGUAAUUUACCAAGUGGUGUUUCUGGUUAGGAAUCACAGCUGUAAAACUGAUUUUAGUUCAUUACACUUCAUGAUGUUGCCCCUCAAUUUUGCACACUAUAUUCUUGUAUAUUAUUUCAAAUAAAAUGAAAAAAAAAGUUUUAUCACUGA